ACAGGAAAGGCUGGGCGCUGAGCAGCGGGCAGCGUGAAGAAGUUAAUUGACUUGUCCAGGAUCUCACCCCCUGACUCUGAGAAUGUCCUGAUUGUCUGGCCCUUUCACACUCAUCGCAGUUAGGCCCAUUUUUGUGGACUUAAGAUCUGUAGGAGAAGAUGACUGCUUUCUUUAAAACACUUAGAAAUCAUUGGAAGAAAACUACAGCUGGGCUCUGCUUGCUGACAUGGGGAGGUCACUGGCUCUAUGGAAAGCACUGUGAUAACCUGCUAAGAAGAGCAGCCUGUCAAGAAGCUCAGGUGUUUGGCAACCAGCUCAUUCCUCCCAAUGCACAAGUGAAGAAAGCCACAGUCUUCCUCAAUCCUGCAGCUUGCAAAGGCAAAGCCAGAAGUCUCUUUGAAAAAAAUGCUGCACCAAUUUUACACCUAUCUGGUAUGGAUGUGACUGUCAUCAAGACAGAUUAUGAAGGACAAGCCAAGAAGCUCCUGGAGUUGAUGGAAAGCACAGAUGUGAUCAUCGUUGCUGGAGGAGAUGGGACACUGCAGGAGGUUAUUACUGGAGUACUUCGAAGAACAGAUGAGGCUACCUUCAGUAAGAUUCCAAUUGGAUUUAUCCCGCUGGGACAGACCAGUAGUUUGAGUCACACCCUCUUUGCUGAAAGUGGAAACAAAGUCCAACAUAUUACAGAUGCCACACUUGCCAUUGUGAAAGGAGAGACAGUUCCACUUGACGUCUUGCAGAUCAAGGGUGAAAAAGAACAACCUGUGUAUGCAAUGACUGGCCUCCGGUGGGGAUCCUUCAGAGAUGCUGGCGUCAAAGUUAGCAAGUACUGGUAUCUUGGUCCACUAAAAAUCAAAGCAGCCCACUUUUUCAGCACUCUUCAGGAGUGGCCUCAGACUCAUCAGGCCUCAAUCUCCUACACGGGACCUACAGAGAGACCUCCCAGUGAGCCUGAAGAGACCCCUCCCCGGCCCUCUCUGUACAGGAGGAUAUUACGCAGACUUGCCUCAUUCUGGGCACAGCCACAGGAUGCCUUCUCCCGUGAGGUGAUCCCAGAGGUCUGGAAAGAUGUACAGCUGUCCACUGUUGAACUGUCCAUCACAACCCGAAAUAGCCAACUUGACCUGAUGAGCAAAGAGGACUUCAUGAACAUUUGCAUUGAGCCUGACACUGUCAGCAAAGGAGAUUUCAUAACCAUAGGAAGUAAGAAGGUGAGAGAUCCUGGCCUGCGUACGGCUGGUACUGAGUGUCUCCAAGCCAGCCACUGCACUCUGGUUCUUCCUGAGGGAACUGAAGGUUCUUUCAGCAUUGACAGUGAGGAGUAUGAAGCCAUGCCUGUGGAGGUCAAACUACUGCCCAGGAAACUGCAGUUCUUCUGUGAUCCAAGGAAGAGAGAGCAAAUACUGCAGGGCACAUCCCAGUGAGCUGGCGGCAAUGGGGGGGGAGGGGGACUCCCAGGCUGCAUCAAGCCACCAGUGGGACCACAAACGCGUGCAUCAUCUAUACCCAAAGUGUCACAGGAUCCCAAGGGAAUUUUCGUGGCAAGUACCCUGACCCUUCCUCUAGUGCUUCCUAGAGCACAUACCCGUCAGCCAACUUGUGGUCAGCAUUCUGUUAACCCAUGCUUUCCUUGUGUUGUGGUAGUUGAUUCCUCCUACACAGCGGUUGACUUAGGGUGGUUGAAAGACAUUCGUGCACUUAGUUGAAAGGGGCUGGAAUGUUGUGACUGCCCCACAGUGGAGAGUGGAAUCAGUAGACUAAGCUCCCGUUCCAGUUUUUUGUCCGUCCUAGGGUAUCCCAGGGAAGCAGCUGCUGUCUCAGGUGCCUCUCCCUUUCUGGGUUCUCUCAUGGGUGCUGCUCCUCCGUGAGCUUUCUGCUUUAUUGCUUGGUCUCAAUCUAGAAAGCAAAUGUGAGGUGUUUCCUCUUCAGCCAUGGCUAAUGUACCAUAAAAUGCUAUUUACAAAACAAACUAGUGCUUCUUCAUUGUUAGUUUGCUUGUGUACAACUGUGGCGCAUGCUGAAAACUAACUGACCUGGGACCCACCCCCAGCCUUGUAACUCAACCUGCCAGGAGGCAGGGUUCUUCAUUUUAAAAGGCUUCUUCCCCGGGUGACUCAACCACUCCAGGAGAAAGUGAUUUUCCCAAAUGUAUUAUAUUUUUUUUUUUUUAAAAAUCACGUGUUCGUGUUGACAUCUAUUGUUUGUUUCAUGGGAAGUUAAACACUUGUCAGUGUACUUCUUGUUGUGUAAAUACUGUUGUUUAAAAAUAAAAACUGUUGCAUCAUUCUUUUAAA